CCUUAUUUUCUUAUCUUUAUUGGCCACAUUCAUAGUACUGGCUUGUUUCCGAAAGCGAUAGGCUUUGAAACUAUCUUUCCCCACACGCCUGAUGGGAGUAGUAGUUUCUCCCGACGCAGGCUUGAGUUAGCCUGGGCGAAAUCAUGCCACUUGCCCUCCCUGAGCUUCUGCUUCUAGAGGGGCCAGCGGGUGCACCGUGGGACGAACUCCUCCGGCAGUGUCAGGAGACACGCAGCCUAGCUGUCUGAAACGAAGGGUGGGUCCGAGAAAGCGCUCUUGAUGGAGGCCCCCUCGAGCCCUUGUUCUGCUCUUCAGGAAGGCAUGGAUCGAGGGGGUCGAAAUCACGGAGCCGUCCGAAGCCACGGCCCCCUAGCAGUUGCCUCGGUGGCCCUCCUGCUCCUGGGGUUUGCUUCUCGAGGAGCUGUGGAGGCGAGGCCUCUCUUUGGCACUGAUGAUAGUUAUGGCAAGCCUAACGUUGUGAUGGUCAUAUGCGAUUCCUUUGAUGGAAGGCUGACAUUUCACCCAAAAAAUGAAACGGUAGCUUUGCCUUUUAUCAAUCUCAUGAGAAGACAUGGCUCUCUCUUUCUUAAUGCCUACACCAAUUCUCCAAUAUGUUGUCCUUCCCGUGCUGCUAUGUGGAGUGGACUCUUCACUCACUUAACAGAGUCUUGGAAUAACUUUAAGGGCUUAGAUCCAAAUUACAUAACAUGGAUGGACCUCAUGGAAAAGCAAGGCUACUCUGCUCAGAAAUAUGGAAAAAUAGAUUAUACUUCAGGGCACCAUUCAGUAAGUAACCGUGUGGAGGCUUGGACCAGAAAUGUCAAUUUUUUGCUUGAGCAGGAAGGCAGGCCUGUGGCCAAACUCAUAGGUAACAAGAGUUAUAUAAGAGUCAUGCAAAAAGAUUGGGAGAUCACUGAUGAAGCAGCAAGUUGGAUAAGAAAUAAUGCAACUCACUUAAAACAACCCUUUGUUCUUUACUUGGGAUUAAAUUUACCUCACCCAUAUCCUUCACCCUCCUCAGGAGAAAAUUAUGGAUCGUCUACAUUUCUGACAUCUCCAUAUUGGCUACAAAGGGUGAGAUACAAAGCCAUUAAGAUUCCAAAAUGGUCUCCAUUUUCAGAGAUGCACUCAGUAGAUUAUUAUUCCUCUUACACUAAGAACUGCACUGGGAAAUUUACACAGAAAGAAAUCAGAGAUAUUCGAGCACAUUAUUAUGCCAUGUGUGCAGAAACUGAUGCCAUGCUUGGUGAGAUAAUUUCUGCUCUAACUGAAACAGGGUUACUCAAAAGAACUCUUGUCAUAUUCAUGGCAGAUCAUGGAGAACUUGCUAUGGAACAUAGACAGUUUUAUAAAAUGAGCAUGUAUGAAGCAAGUUCCCAUGUUCCCCUGCUUAUAAUGGGGCCGAGCAUUAAGCCACAAGUCAUAGCCAAUGUGGUGUCCCUUGUGGAUAUCUAUCCUACCAUGCUUGAUAUUGCUAGAGUACCCAUGCCAAAAAAUCUCAGUGGAAAUUCACUGAUGCCUUUGUUAUUGGAAAAGACAGAAGAUGAAGUCCCAACUAGAAAUCCACGUCCCAAUUGGGUUCUGAGUGAAUUCCAUGGCUGCAAUGUGAAUUCUUCAACCUACAUGCUGCGAAUUGACAAAUGGAAAUACAUAGCUUAUUCAGAUGGCCGUUCAGUAUCUCCUCAGCUGUUUGAUCUCUCUGCUGAUCCAGAUGAACUAACAAACAUAGCAACACAGUUUCCAGAGAUCGCACAAUCUUUGAACAAAAAACUCUACUCCAUAAUUGACUAUCCAAAAGUUUCUGCCUCUGUUGAGCAAUACAACAAGCAGCAAUUUAUCAACUGGAAACAAAGUUUAGGACAAAACUAUUCAGAUACCUUAGCUAACCUCAGAUGGCAUCAGAACUGGAAAAAACACCCCAGGAAGUAUGAGCAUGCAAUUGACAGAUGGAUUAAAGGGAAUACAACUAUACAAAAUGCAUGUAGAAAGUGCCCCAAAUAAUCUGAGUCUGAAAAUAAAGGAAUAGUGCAGGUAUAAUGAGCAGUGAUCUCUCAUUGCUACAGAGAUUGGGAAUGGGCCGUAGGAUCAGUUGCUCCUUGUCCCAUAGUCUCUCCCAUCUCCAGACACAAAUUCACCCUGCUGAGCUGUAAAUACAGUUCAAUAUUUUACCAAUGUGAGCUGUGAUUAAUACUAACCCAGUUCUCUCUAAACGAUUUCAAGUCUGGUUUAGAGAAAACUCUGGUUAGUGAAUCACGAUUAGCAUGGGUGCUGACAUAAUGGCCUCAUUCAGACAUAAUCUAUCUCCUCCCUUCUCCUCUUAAGGCAUGGCUGCAAGAUCAGAGCCUUUCUCUUCUGUUUUGAACUAACUGCAGUGUAUUGUUAUGGCCAAACCCAAACUGUUUAAACUUCACCAUGGUUUGAGCAGAGCAGAGGUGCAGAGCCCUUGUUCCAUUGGGACAACAAGUGGGGCACAAAGCUGGGGAGUUGGCUGGUGCUCGGAAGAGCACCUGUUCUUUCCAGUCCUGGCUGAGUCCCUUUCUCUGAGCUGAGAGAUGGUGUGGAACUCUGUGCCUCUUCUCAACACAGGGAAAGUAAAAUUGGGUGGGAACAGGGUGAUGGAAUCAGGGGGUGGGAUCUUGUCCACUGACAUCAUCUAACCUGCAGAGGGCCUGGGGGGAGGCAGUUUAUCACUUCACCAAAGAUUAGUUCUGCAACCUAAUUUAGAAUAACCAUUUCUAAUCUUGGGUCCCCAGAUGUUGGACUACAACUCCUAUCAUCCCUAUCCAUUGGUCAUGGUGGCUGGAGAUUAUGGGAGUUGUCCAACAACAUCUGGGGACCCAAGUUUGGGAAAAGCUAGUUUAGGGAAAUAAGCCAACUUCAAACCAUGGUUCAUGGUUGUUUCCCUAAAUCAUAGUUAAGAUUAACUACAGUUUUGAGUUCAGAUGUAAUGAUAAAUUUCCGUUAAAAAGGAAGCAAAAGCUUCUAAUGUUUUGAUGAGCCUAAGGCUCAUGCAUAUAUUGGUAAGCCAUAGUUUAGUGUUACUUCUGAACCUGUCCAGUGCUUAACUGUGGUUAAGGCUGACAAGGGAAUGACAGGGAAUACAUCCAGGGGGCUUAUGAGACAUGGUCUGCUCCCAGUCAUUUAACCAUGCUUAAGAAAUCACUGCAUAUUACAUUUGCACCAGCCGUAAAGGUGCCUUCAGGAAAAUAAAAACAGUAUAUAACAUUGUGGCUAAAUGAUUGAGCUACAAAUCAGGCCGCUAAGAUCAUCUUCCUGGCUCGCAGCUCUGACCAUGUUACUCCACUUCUGAAAUCUCUUCAUUGGCUUCCAAUUCACUUCAGAAUCCAAUAUAAACUUCUCCUGUCGACCUUCAAAGCUUUUCAUGGUCUAGCUCCUUCCUAUCUCUCCUCUCUCAUCUCACACUAUUGCCCCGCUCGUGCUCUUCGCUCCUCUGAUGCCAUGUUUCUCACCUGCCCAAGGGCCUCUACUUCCCUUGCUCGGCUUCGUCCAUUUUCCUCUGCUGCCCCUUACGCCUGGAACGCUCUUCCAGAACAUCUGAGAUCCACAAGUUCAAUCGCAGCUUUUAAAGCUCAGCUAAAAACUUUUCUUUUUCCUAAAGCCUUUAAAACUUGAUGUUGCUUGGACUUUAUACUGUUAGUUCUACCCUACCCUGUGCCUGUUUACCCUACCCAGUGCUUGUUUGCAUUCUCUUCCCCUCCUCAUUGCUUUACUAUGGUUUUAUUAGAUUGUAAGCCUAUGCGGCAGGGUCUUGUGAUUUACUGUUUUACUCUGUACAGCACCAUGUACAUUGAUGGUGCUAUAUAAAUAAAUAAAUAAAUAAAUAAAUAAAUAAUAAUAAUAAUA